AUGGGCUGUGAAGGCUACGACUACGUUGGUGGCGCUGCACCUCGCACGGAGGUGGUCAAAGGAGUGGUGUUCACGUCCAACGAGUCUCCGCCCGAUCAGCCGAUCCCCUUCCACCAUGAGCUGGCGCAGCUGGUCGACGAUGAAGUGGCUGACUUUUUCAUCAGCCACUUCCCCGACUUUGCGAAGGAGGUGGAGACCAAGGGGGUGCGCUACAUCCGAACGAUGCCAGAGGUCACAGAUCCGACGUCUGCCCAGGGGCGCUCUUGGGCUGAGUCCUACGCGGUCACAACGCGAGAGGAGGCUGAGGAAGUGAUGAGGAAACAAGGUACUACCUGGGAGUGGCUUCCCGGCGGUGACCUCAAAACAACCACGGCGGCGCUCCCUGCGCUUCGGGUGGAUGAGCGAACUGGACGGCGAGUCUUUUUCAACUCCGUCAUCGCUGCCUUCACGGGCUGGAACGACUCGAGGAAUGUUGGUGAGGAGGCCGUGGUGCUGGGCGACUACAGCCCAGUGAACAAGCCUGCGCUCAGGGCUGUGGCACGCUUCAUGGCCGAAAGAGAGGUGGCAUUUGCGUGGAAGAAGGGCGACAUUCUGAUUGUUGACAACAGCAGUGUCCUCCACUCCAGGCAGAGCUUCGAGCCUCCUCGACGCGUUCUCGCGGCGCUGCGUGGACCACCCCUGCGUGGCCCGGUGCUGCGCGCAGGCAUCAUUGGCACUGGAGCCAUGGGCAAGGAGCACAUCCGUAACGUGGCCCUGUUGGAUGGGCAGAUGGUCGUGACUGCUGUCGCUGACACGAGCGAGGCUGCUCUCCGAGAGGCCUUGGAGGAAUUGGGGGGAGAACGUGCUCCCCGUGUAGCCAUCUUCCGCUCCGAUGAGGAGAUCAUCAACUGCGACUUCGUGGAUGUCCUCAUCAUUUGCACGCCCAACUUCCAGCACAUCCACACGCUUCGAAAGGCCAUCAUGUCUGGCAAGCACAUCCUUUGCGAAAAGCCGCUGUGCACAACGGUGGAAGACUGCGAGGAGGUCGAGCGUUUGCUGACAGAGCGCGUUGUACGCUCUGGCGCCGAAAAGGCGCCUAUCUUCAUGACGGGUAUGGAGUACCGGUACAUGCCGCCUAUCCGUCGCCUCAUUGAGGAGUCGGACUCAAGGAAGCUUGGGGAGCCGAGGGUUCUCUCAAUCCGAGAACAUCGCUUCCCCUUCCUAGUAAAGGUGGACAACUGGAAUCGCUUUAACUGCAAUACCGGCGGGACCCUUGUAGAGAAGGCCUGCCACUUCUUUGACCUCAUGCGCCGCAUUCUACAGAGUGAGCCUAUCUCUGUGUAUGCAUCUGGGGACCAAGCCAUGAACCACAAGGACGAGGUCUACGACGGUGGGAUCCCUGACAUCAUCGACCAUGCCCUGGCCGUCGUGGAGUUUGCAAACGGGGCGAGGGCAUCCCUGGAUCUCUGCAUGUUUGCGGAGGAUGAACAGACGGAACAGGUGCGAGUCGUUUGCCAGCAAGGCAGUGUGGAGGCCAAAUGCCCUGAAGCUACUGUUCGCAUAGUUCAGCGACGAAAGGUCCGUGGUCUUGGCCGCACUCCACCUGGCAAGGACGAAAGGGCUGUGCCCGAAGUUAUUCGAAUGCCAAUUUCCAGUGAGCUGGCAGCUGCCGGCUACCACGAAGGUGCCACAUUCUUUGAGCUGGAAGCAUUUGCGGAAGCGGUGCGAGGCAAGCGGCCUGUGCCAGUGACUCUAGACCGCAGCUGGUCAAGUUUUUCAAAACGAAGGCUUGCAUGUCUUAGCCUCGGUUUGCCUUGA